UCAUUAUUUUUGUCUGCUUGCCUUCGAUCCAAUAAUCGUACCAGUAAAAUUAUGGAAUUAAGACUAACUUGUGGCUUUUCUCCAUUCACAAGACGUGAAAUUAAAUUACAAAUAGUUCUAUUAUUAGUUGUCUUUGCAUUAGCUGGACAGAUUGCAUUUUGUGAAGGAUUCAACUCAGGGUUACCUUCGAAUAAUUCAGAACAUAACGAAAUAAACGACUUUGAUCAAAGUGUGAUUCAAAAUGAACAACGUUUAAUUUCAAGAUUUCGACAACCACCAACUUUGAAUUCAAAUGGUCAAGGAUUUUCUCCAAGCAAUGAUUACCUUGCAAUGUCCUUGGUUCCUACAUAUCUUACCAAUUUUUUAAAAAACGAGUCUUCUAAGGUCGAAUUUUUUAAUAAACUGAAGAACCAUCUCAAUCCGACUCAAGACGAUGAAGAAGGAGCUGAUUGUGUAACACAUCUUAUUUUUCUGUUGAACACAGUAUUUGAAAGUAUAUCAAAUCUUACGCAACUCAGAGACCCAAAAAACACUUGGGCAAUUCAAAUGGUUGACUCCUGGGGAAAGCUGCCUGAGGGGAUGCUGUCAGGACAUGUGAAUUCGUACGGCGAUUACGACGAAUGCGUCGGUGUCGAAGUGGACGAUGACAGAGGGACAUCAGAAGGGGGAGGAAAUGCCAAAUUUUCUGGACAGUAUUGUUGGACUUAUAUAAUUCCUGGAAGCCUUGCUGCAGAAGAAGGGGGCCAAGCGAAGGGUGAUUUUAAUGACGAUAGAAUAUCGACAAGGAAAGCUGGAUCCGUGGAUGACUUGUUGUAUUACAUGCUUCAUCCGACGGCCGUAAUGGUUUUACCUUCCUCUGCAUACUGUGUUCCUUCGACGUGUUUCGUGGAGCAAUUUCAGGUGGCUGUUACCCUGCUUUUCAUGGAACUUUUUCCAAAUACAUCUCCUUUCGUAGCAUUUUGUCAAUUGAAGGAGGACAGGACAUUGACCACUAAUGCUAAAGUUAUGAUUGGCGUCCUUGCCGUUUUGGGGUGCUUCAUUUUGGCAGGAACAAUUCUUGAUGUGGUUCUUAAUGGGGCCUUUGUUAAAACGAAAACAGAUAAGUUUCAAACGAUUAGAAAACAAUUGCCAACUCGGUUACUACUGGCAUUUUCUCUCCCCACAAAUAUUGCAAAAUGGUCGAAUACUUCGGCAGGUGGAGGCUUUGGAUGCAUUCAUGGGAUUCGUUUUAUGAGCACCUGUUGGGUCGUGUUGUCACACACGAUUUUUGUCGUUACGAUGCAAGGCCCCACAUGGAAUACCAUUGAUGUCACAACUAUUUAUCAACGACCUUGGCACUUUUACUUUAUCCUCAACGCUUAUUUUUCAGUGGACACAUUUUUCACGAUGAGCGGUCUUCUCGCCUGUUACUCAAUUAUGAAAGAAUUGGACAAAUUAGAAGGAAAACUGAACGUUUUAAAGCUUUACUUGCAUCGAUACCUCAGAUUGACACCAACUUACGCCCUCAUCAUUGGAGUAAUAGCUUGUCUCUUCCCGUAUCUUUCAAGUGGUCCUUUCUUUACUCUGACUGCGGACGGGAUAAGCAAAGCUUGUCAGAAGUACUGGUGGCAUAACCUCCUCUACUUCAACAAUGUGUACAGAUAUGACGCCGCUAAUGGCGAAUCAAUGUGUGAAGCAGAAUCCUGGUACAUUGCCAACGACAUGCAAUUCUUUAUAUUGUCACCACUCUUUGCUUUCCUCCUCUGGAAAUGGAACAUGGUAGGAAUUAUUGUUCUUGGAGCAGCGUCUCUGGCUUCCAUACUCGCACCUGGAAUUGUGAUCGGGACCGAAGGGCUUCCACCCACGCAGGUUUUUUGGAAAAUGGGAACAAGUCCUAACCCACGGGCUCUGGAGGUGUACAUGCAUCCCUGGUACCGUAUUGGGCCUUACCUAGUUGGCAUGUGGAUGGGCUAUCUCUUAUUUAAAAUUGGGAAGAAACCCGUCCAUCUUCCACGAUUGGCUGUCUUGGGAGGAUGGCUGGUGUCCACUGCUACCUCACUAGCGCUCAUUCUUUGCGUUAUCCCUUAUUUUGACCCCGAGAAUAAUGACAGCCAAGUUGCGGCUGGGGUUUAUGGCGGAUUAAGUAGAUUUUGUUGGGGAAUGGUGAUCUGUUGGGUAAUUUUUGCAUGUGUGAAGGGCUAUGGGGGGUGGAUCAACGAUAUGCUAUCGUGGAAAGCGUGGAUACCAUUGGGACGAUUAACGUUUUGUGUUUACUUAUCGUCAUUAUCAGUUCAAAUGAUGCUUCAGCUAAGCUUGAGGCAGCCUAUGAACUUUGACAUGUAUACGGUGGUCAACAUGUUCUUCUCCCACUUGAUUAUGUGCUUCAUAGUUGGGUUUGGAUUGUCCAUGAUUUUUGAAAGUCCAUUUAUAGCGUUGGAAAAAGUAUUUAUGAGUGCACCACAAAGAGAAAAAGCACUGCCUCUGACGAACGGUGAAACUAGGACACAGAAAGCUAGUUAGUGACUCUUCAGUAGAGCAGGAGUUAAUCCGGGACAAUGAGUUCAGACGGGAAAUAUAAUGGAACAGAGAUAAAGUAGCCUUGGAUAAAUAGUAGCCUAAGUAUUUUAUUAUAGUGUGUUUUUAAAUCUCACAUCAGUUAACAUAUACUGUGUAAUGCACGUAAAAAUGCAGUCAAGUAAGUACUUCUAGUCGUCAAUACGUUAAAUAUUUGUAUUUUCACAUUCGUAAAUCCAAGAGAUCAAGAAUUUGCCAGGAAUGUAAGUCUUGUGCGGAAUAAAAGUACAAUUUUAACUUGGGAUUCAUACCAAGCUCGUCCUCAGUCAAUGUAUGCAAACAA